AUAAACUCUUGGGAGAGGAGGGAAGGAGCGAGAUAUGAACUACAGAGGAAAUUAACGCCAUUAAUCUCUCUAGAAUUGUCGCGAGCUCAACAACCUGCAUACGGCGAUGUUUAUUGUAUCUGCAUUGAUCUCGACGCCAGUCCGCCGCCUGAAUUUGGCCUGGAGGAUGGUCUCGUCCAGGGAUAUGGAGACGCUGAGACGGUUGGAGAAGCUCCUCGAUCCCUCGGGCAACAUGAGAAAUUACCGUCAAGCGAUCUCGGAAGUGGAGGCAUUGCCUGUCAUUCCAUUUUUGCCGAUUCUGCUCAAAGACAUUACGUUCAUCUUGGACGGUAACCCGACGAUGAUAGCGUCGAAAUUCAACCCACCCGGGCAGACACCUCCUGUUUCAGGUGGGAGUGCCCAUGCGGGAGCAAGUCAAGUGGCUGUCAACGAUGAUGAGAGCUCCGGGUCUGUAUCAAAAGCAGUCUCAUUGCCGAGCAGCGGUGGUGGUGGUGGUAAUGACAUUAGUAGUAGCAACAGCAACAGCAACAACAACAGCAGCGGAUGCCUCGAUAGCAAGGCAGAUGCGGAGGGGCCUCAGUUGGUGAACUUUGACAAGUUUAGGCGGCUGACACAGUAUGUCGAAAACGCGGUGGACAUGGCCAAAUCGGUCGAUUACUGGUUUGAGCCACAACUCCUGCGACAGGCUCGGGUGUUUCGACCGACUUCGCCCUCGCUCGACCAUGGAGGUCACCCGAGCGAUUUGGGCGGCUCUGUUGAGGGCUCAGUCCAGACUAGUCGUGGGGGAGGCAGUGGGCCGUUUUUUGAAUGCUCCAGUGGACCGUUGGACAAGAUCUCGGAGAUUGUGGAGCAUCGUCUGGUGAAGGCGUCAGGAUUGUAUGGGGUCCAUCAGAGGGUGAUUGAGGUCGAGUUUACGAGCAAGCCGAAGAGUACGGGGCUGUGGAAGGGAGGGGUGAGCGUAGGAGGAGUAGGGGUUGGAGGCAGCGGCUUCAACGUUAGUCUUGGAGGCGGCGGAGGAGGAUCGAGCGGCAACGUGCAUGGAUCGACCCUUGGUGAAACUGUGAUCCGAGCAGUACAGGGCGAGGAGGAGUAUUUGAUGGGCCUAAGUCUGAUGUGUGAGCCAGGUCGCUGAGAUCUCGUUUCCAUCCCCCUAUGCUGUCCUGCAUUCCCUGUAGACUAAUAUUAAUAUCCUUGUAAACAUAAGCCCGCUCGCCACUUCUGCCGCGGAGAAAAAAAAAAUUGGCCAAAGGGGUGCGUGCAGUGCAUGAACUAGGAACGUUUUCUUGCAGGACGAAGGAAGAAAAAAAAAAUGCAAUUUAGGGCCAGGCCAAAUAAACCCCCAAUUGCUCUGAGAAAAACAACGGACCACAUGGUAUAAAUGGAGUAGAUCAAGUCUAAGGUUUGGCCUGAUGCAUACAUGCGUCCACGUAGUCUGCGUCCGUCCGUCGUGAUGUGUCGUGUACGUGGUGGUGG